AUUUGACACCAGUUAACCCAGAGAACACAGUUUCUCAUUCCACAAUUUGGACUUUUCUCCUCUGAACGGAACGUGAUAGCUAGAAAAUGAAGCUAUUUUGCGUUGUUUUGGUUAUUUACGUGUUGGCGUUAACACUAUACGGUGUCGAUGGACGUGGCGGUGGAACCAGAAAUGGUCUCGAGAAAUCGAUGGGAAAUUAUUUCAGAGCACGGCGCCAUGCAAUUGGAGAAACAGCUUUGGAAGGAACACAGUACGGCAACGAGAAACCCCCACCACCGCCACCUCAUUUCAGAACGCGUCGUAAUGUUGUCAACACAGAGGAUCAUGGACCGCCCCAUGGUGCGAACGAUACUCCACACAUGAGAAAUCGUCGACAGAUGCCCCCAGGACCACCACCACCACCUGAGGGAAUGCCUCCACCGCCUGAGGGUAUGCCACCACCACCAUCUUAAAGAAAACGAACAAUAUGCAGACAUACGAACUUACUUAAUAUCUCAUAUACAGACCUAAAGCGCUUGUCUAGGGUAAGGGAUUCUCAUCCAAAAACGCAGUGAUAUUACCAACAAUAAAACAAAUUUAAAGCAUUCCAAAAAA